CUCAUUAUUAUUAUUUCAAUUUUAAUUUUACUGGGUUUUUUUUUUUUAUUUUGAUUUAGUGAGAGAAAAUUUCAUGUAGUAACUGCUCGUCUGCUCUCAUUUUCUCUCUCUAAAAACUCCAUUUUUUUUUUCAUCUUCUUAAUAAUAGAUCCGUUACAAUAAUUUUUUCAUCCUCCUGCAUUCUGUUCUAUUCUCUGUAAUUGCUACAUUAUGAGAUUUUGAAGGUAGAUGAAGAAGUUCAUUUAUUCUCAUUGGAAAUGAUUAGUUAGAUUGAGCUUCAGUCAUUUAUGAAUCCAGGGAUUAUAAUUGACUCUCAGAAAUUUUCAGCAUCUGGGUUUCUUACAUUCCAUAAGUGGUAACUGGUAACUUAUUGUACAGUUGGGGUAAAUUUGACAAAAAAAGAAAAAAAAUUGAUCUGGGGUUCAAUUUGAAGCUUUGGAGAUUAUCAGGCUAUGGAUUGUGAUUAGGGUAACAAUCAAUUACUUCGAUUCGAUUUCGUCGAGAAAUAGGAUCUAAUUGUGUAUUGGGAUUGUUUGAUCAAUUGGUACAUAAUCCAAUUAGUGCUAAAUUUAGAAAUAGAGGGUAUUUAGGGUUAGAUUAUUGGUGAUUUAGGGUUGGAUUAAUUCGUUGACAAGAAAGUAAAUUUGGGUAAAAAAAAAGUGAAGAAAAUGAUUGAAUCAGAGCUAUGUGCAUCAAGGGUGAUGUCACCAUUUAGAGAAGAAAGUGGGGAUGAAGAGCUUUCAGUAUUACCAAGGCACACAAAAGUUAUUGUGACUGGAAAUAAUAGAACUAAAUCAGUUUUAGUUGGUUUACAAGGUGUUGUUAAGAAGGCUGUUGGUCUUGGUGGUUGGCAUUGGCUGGUCUUGAAGAAUGGGAUUGAGGUGAAGCUGCAACGGAAUGCAUUGAGUGUUCUAGAACCCCCAACGGGUAAUGAAGAAGAUGAUGAGCUUGAUCACUCAAGUAGCAGCUCUGAUCUUGGAGAAAAGGACCAUGAUUUUGCUAGUAUGGAGUUCCACAAAGUGAGCAAACCAAGAGUGCGACAUACUAGACCAUGGGGUCCGACAGCUUCCGCUAAGUCAAACCACCGGAAUUGCUUGAAGGAACUCCACUCCAACAUUCAUACCUCUAACUGUAGGCUGGACUUUGCAAAGCUUGGAAGUGAUUCACUGUGGAGAUAUUUGAGCCGGUUUCACCUGGGGAGCAUGAAUUCUAGCUCGAAGGAGCAGAUGGUUAAUAUAGUGCAGCGCCACUUUGCUUCACAGCAAGUUGAUGAAGUACAAGUGAUUGCAGACUUCAUUCGUGCAGCCAAGAAACUGAGGAGCAGUAACAGAAGUAGGGAGUGAAAAUAUCCAGGUGUUGAUCUAGAAAAUGCUCUAUGUAAUUAUAUUAUAUAUAUACAUAAAUCUUAGCCUAACUUUUAGAUUAAAUCUAACUGAAAGACCAUGGUUUCGGAGAGAGUUAGUUCAUUUACCGUAGCUGUCUAGAACUCGCUCUCGACUUUUGAUUCUAACCUUGUAAUCUGGUGUGUAGGCUAGAAGGCCCAGUUAAUAUUUAUAACCUGAGUUCUCUCUGUUAUAUAUUCAAGUUCUUGAGAAUCAUGAUUCUGUGUCUUCUAAGUGCUAAUGCUAGACUAGAUUUGGGCA